AUGGAAUUCAAGGUCACUGUAACCACAAGGGCUGCAACAAUGGAGAAGUGGAUCUACCGCGUAUCCGAAGAUUUCCUUUGCGACGCCAGCGCAAAGAUCGUUGGUCUUGAUUGCGAGUUCACUGACAAAGUGAAAGGAAUAAAGCAGAAACUUCUUCUAGAGGAUAAACGGCAACGUGCAGCAGUUUUGCAGCUAUGUGUUGCCAAUAACAUCAUUCUUUUUCAGAUAUUUCAGGCAACAAAGGUUCCAUGUUUGUUAAAGAAAUUCUUGAGCUCGGGGAAGAUCUGGUUUUUUGGUGCAGCAAUUGAUAUGGAUCGCAGGAUGCUGAUGCCUUACGGAUUAACCAUCAGUUUGGAUAAUUUUCUUUCGUAUAGCAGUACUGGGUUCAACAGUGGUAUUGACACGAGUAUAGCUGCUGAUAGAGUGCAAGCUGCAUCGAGUAUAGUUGUGAAGGGCGCAGGAGUACAGACUGGGCAGCAAUAG